AUGUCUGCUCCAUACUAUAAGACCUUAUGUGCAAUCAACCAGACCAGCAACGAUGUUUUAUCACUCAUUAACUCACGGCGCCGCAAUCCUCUUAAGUUAGAAUCCGACCUUUGCAGAUUGGCCAAAGAAGCAGUCAACGUCCAGCUCAAAGGCUUAAAAGUCGAUACAAGAGGAUUGAGCCACUAUUACAGAUAUGCACCAAAUACAUUAGUUUUUGCAAAUACAAUCCAAAGCAAUAAGUCACAUAGUGAUUUUCCUAAUAUCAUCCUUGAAGAUUUGGAAAAAGCCAAAGGCUUCCUGUUCAAUUAUCUUCUCACAGAUAGAGUUGACUACGUCGGCCUUCACACAGAAUUCCCAUCCGAAGGAAUUUGUGUUUAUGCUGUGAUUGCCUACAAAAUCAAUGAAUUUCCAGCUUCAAUUAAGGGAAUUAUUGAUAAAAUCGAAGGUAAAUGCAACAAAGAAAAUAUUCUCGGCAUCUUGAACUCAAUUCUUCAAAUCAUUCAGCACAAACCAUUAGAAUUCAACGACGAGCUUAAGAGAUCCAUGUACAACCAGGCACAAGCCAUUCAUGAUGAUAAGAACAACCUAGGCAAAGUUGUUGAGAUUUUAAACUCAACUUUCAAGGACAUGGGCAAUUUCGUCAUUUUACCAAUUGAAAGCAACGAUGCCAAGGCUUUCAUCAAGAAAUACAUCAAUGAUACAGUGUUUCGUUCAUUUUUAGUUUCAGAUAUCGACCAAAUUGCUUUCGACGCAAUUAACGACAGCGACGGCCAAUUAUACUACUUCUUCGGAGCCAAGUACUCCAAGAUUGAGAUCCCUAUUGACGAACGUUCUGAAUAUUCCGGAUCCAUCAUCAAAUCCUUAAAUGCUUUCAGAGAUACCCAGAAAAUCCCAGCCCUCCCAGCAAAAGGCAACGAAUUCAUCGAACAAACCCUCGAUACAGCCUCAAUUUCUUCACAAAAAGAACUCGACGUAUUUAUAAACAAAUACUCAUCGGAAUUCUUCGCCCGUAUCAUCAACGCAGGAAACAUGCAAGAUGCAUGCAAGAAGAUCUCAGAUUUGACGUUUAAUGAAGGUAUCGAAUUUAUCAAAUCCGCUACAGAAUACGCGAUCACAAUUACGAGAUUUAGAGGUACAGCAACAAUCAUUUUAAUCCUCUUUAAUAAGAUUGAUAAGAAGAGAAAAGACGAUAGAAAACUUGACAAGGCCAAGAAAGAGGGAAGAGAAGAAAAACCAAAGAAAGAAGAAAAACCAAGGAAGGAAGAUAAGCCAAAGAAAGAGGAUAAGCCCAGAAGAGAUGAUAAACCAAGAAGAGAUGAUAAGCCGAAGAAAGAAGAACCAAAAGAAAAACCAAAGAGAGAUGAGAAGCCAAAGAAAGAAGAUAAGCCAAGAAAUGAAGAAAAGCCAAAGGGUGAGGAUAAGAGAAGAAGGGGUGAUAAGCCAAAGAAGGAAGAAAAGGAAAAUCAGCCAAAAAGAGAACCAUUCGCUCUUGAUAAGGCAAUUUUCGACUUAUUAAACAUAAAACUUGGCGAAAUGAACUUCCAUACAAUAAAGAGAUCAGAGGAACUCGACAAGAAGGCUCUAGAACUUGCAAAUCUUAGAGCAAAAGACCAAGCUAUCAGAUUUGAUCCAUCUGAAUAUGAAGACAUCAAAAGUAAGUACUCAGAAGUUAAGCCAAUCGCUGUUAACCUCGAUAAUACUUCUAAAACAAAGAAAAUAGAAACAGUCGAAAAAAUCACUUAUAAUAUCGGAGAGGUUGACUAUACUCACAUCGGAAUCGCUUCUAAAGGAUCUUUCGGACGCCGCCUCUUCGUUAUAGUUAUUCUCGUUAAACAAUAA